AUGUUCCAUAUAAGCCUACUCAUAUCUAUCUUAAACUACAAAAAUCUAUCUAUCUAUCUAUCUAUCUAUCUAUCUAUCUAUCUAUCUAUCUAUCUAUCUUAUCCAGGACAAAUAUUAUCUGUCGUGCUGGUUCAUGUUUAUAGCGUUUUCCUCCAACCACUUUCUCUUCCUUAUGUUCUCUUCUUUGUUCUCUCUCACUCCCUCACUUAUUUUCUCUCUCUAUCUCUCUCUCUAUCUCUCUCUCUCUCUCUCUCUCUUUCCUCCAAACUCAUUCAGAUGUGCAUUUUUUUUUCUUUUUCAUGCGUAGUUCUUAACUUUCUCUUUGUUUCGUUUAACUUCUGUCUCGCCACUCUUCCUCCGACCCUCUGUGUGUGUUCAUGUCUAGUAAACAUGUGGUAUGUUCGGUGCGUGUCAUUUGCCUCUGUGCGUCUGCAUGUCUCUCCGUGUCUGUGUGUCCGCUUGUCUGUCUGUGUGUCUCUUUCUUUGUUUCCUUCCCUUGCCUGGGCAUACGCGUGCCCUAUAAGUAUGUUUAAAUCUCUGUCUGUCUGUUUCUAUCUAUCUAUCUAUCUAUCUAUCUAUCUAUCUAUCUAUCUGUCUAUCCAACAUUUUUAUAAAUCAAACGAUUUGUUUUCUUUUCACUUUCAAAGUCCGCACCUAACAACGAAACGCGAAUGUAUAUUGUAUGAACGGUAUUCUUUCUUUAGUCUCGUAUGUUGUUAUUACUGCCGCCUGACUGCCGCGGAAAAUGUUACAGUCAUACGAGGUCGCGUCUGCUCUUCGAGCCAAUCAACAGUUGUCGAUUGGCAGACAUGA